AACGCCCUUUUUGCUCCAUUAGCCUUUUUUUUUUUGGCACCAGAAGACACUCAAAAACUGAAUGCUCACUGCAAUUUGAUUGCUACUAAUAAUUUGCUAUACGCCAUUUUCCUCCAAUUUUCCAAAACAGAUGUCCGGCGAAAAAGAACCCGUCGCCGUCGAAUCAGCCGGCUUGCCCAACGGCCUAGUAAGUCAUGGUAACUCCAAGACACGGCGCGUAUACGAAACAGCUCGAUCUCUGCAUACCGGUGCUGUGAAAGAUCUUCUCUCUCUCGGGGUCUGCGAGAGAUGUAUUUUCCGAUUGGUAUCCGUCGAGGCUUUUGAUUCCGAUAUUUCAUCAGUCUUGACUUCAACUCUGCGCAGCUGGCUCAAAUCCGGUGAUGAUGAAACUAGUUCAUCGGAAUCUAGCUGUUCCGGAAUCUGCAUUGUUUGUUUAGGUAUAUUGCAGUUCGUUUUUUCCGAUGUCAAAAAAGAGCUGGUGAAAUCGGAUUCUAGUAGUGAUUACGUUGCAAGGAUAACGGACUUGGUGAAGCAGGAUCGUCAUGAGUUCGAUAGCUUUGGUCUUGAAGUCUCUGUGCCAUCAACUAUCAUGGAGAAUGAACGUGCACUCUUGUCAUACCUUAAAGGAAAGUAUAGCACCGAAGUUUGGCUGCAACGCGACAAAAUUUCUGUAAAGGAUGCCUUGAAAGUUCUACUCUUGGAUCAACUUAAAGCAUCAUUGGGCGCUGAAUCAGAUUCAAGCUCUUUUCACAUCCGUUUGACAUACUCUAAAGCAUCAGACGAGGCUCAGGGUGCUUCUGAAACAACGCAUGAAAGUAAGAGGAGGAAAACAGACGCAGAGAAUGGUUCAAACUGUAUUUCCGAGAAUUCAUUUGAAAAGGUAUAUGUUUGCAUGUUUAACACAUAGAUAUAUAUUUGUUGAACUUUUUUUGUCCUGGUUGUCAUUAUU